GCUGGACAAUUUGCUUAAUAUGGCCUAUGGCGUAAAGAGGUUCUCCCCCAUCACCAUUGACAGCAUGACCAGCCUGGUGGGCAUGAACAUCCCCGGGCACACGGGCACCGGGUGGUGCAUCUUCGUGUACAACCUGUCCCCGGACUCGGAUGAGAGCGUGCUCUGGCAGCUGUUCGGGCCCUUCGGAGCCGUCAACAACGUGAAGGUGAUCCGCGACUUCAACACCAACAAGUGCAAAGGCUUCGGCUUCGUCACCAUGACGAAUUACGACGAGGCGGCCAUGGCCAUCGCCAGUCUCAACGGCUACAGGUUGGGCGACCGCGUCUUGCAAGUCUCCUUCAAGACCAACAAGACACACAAGUCCUGAACUUUAACAGGUAGAAGCAGUUGCCCUGCGACUUUGUCUGCUCCCAAAUUGCCCCCAACCUCCCCGUCCCCCUCCCCCCGUCCCUUAGCCCCUUCAGUCACUACCACCCUCUACUACAGCCAUCCAACACAGCAAACUCAAACUCCAACCGGAACACAAAGCAACCAACAAACCAUCAAAUAAAUUGAACUAGAAAUGGCUUAUAUUAUAACUUUGGACCUAUAAGCCAAUGUUGCCUAAGUAUUACAAAAAUGAAAUAAUGAAAAUGUUCAUACGUUUUUAGGAGGCUCCUGUGAUAAUGCAGGCUUCCCUUUGUUGUAUAUUCUUUCUGUUCGUUGUGGUUGUUUCAAUGAGUUUUCUCUCUUCUGUGUAAACAGUAGCAAAUCCCUGUAUCCCCUAAUUUCAGAGAAGAGAAUGUCCUUUUUAGAUUGAAAACCUUUUCUCUGUCUUGAUUCAGGAUUUGUUUUUCUUUUGUAAAUCCGGAUCCACUGUCGUUAGUAUUAUAUACCUCCCUGUCGGUGAAAGGGAGGAGGCUCUUUUUUAAAUUGGUGAACCAUUCAUUCAUUUUUAGUGUGUAUCAAAAACGUCCCCUUAUCGAUUAUUAAAUGGGAUUCCACAGUCCCGGUAACUCUGAUGUAGAAAAAAAAAAGAAUUUCUAACAUUGUUUUUGUUUUGUAUCGCAAACAAAACAUAAUGUCUUUCCUCACUGGGGUUCAGGGAGAUGGGGCGAGGGAGGGGAUGGGUUAGCUUUCCUGAUGACACGUAAUUUAAGAGAAAAAAAAUAACACUGUUGCCAAAGAGAAGAUCUCUUUGCUUGAAAAAAAUGCAUUUAGAAAAAGAUAAAAAUGAAGAGAAAGAAGAUCUAUUUUUAUAAAUGAUAAUUAAAAGAAUAAUUAUUGAAGAAUUUUUACAAGAAUCUGGAUUUGAAAAAAGAGAAAAAUAUUUUGACUGGCUA